AUGAAGCUUUCAGCACUGCUCGCAGUUUCAGCGGUGCUUGCAGAGGGAGUUCUUGCAAUCAAUUGCAAGGAUGGAUUGAAUUACUGUGGCAGGUCGAUCAAGCUCAAGAACCCCGCAUACGACGAAGAAUAUCAUGACAGAGAUCUUGUUCAUUGCCAGAAAGCACCCGACAACCUCCGUCGUGUGGAGAUAUGCUAUGGGGGAUGCAUCGAGGCCCCCGACGGUCAGAGUGACUACUGUGCGCCAUUCGGUGGAUUCAUCAUGACCACUGCUACAGAAAACUGCGUCGAGUUAGCGGACGCCAUUCAUCGCGACCAAAUUAAAGCGGCUGAGAAAAAAUCAAAAUCGGUAGCUAAAGUCUGGCGCCUGGAAGCUGAUUUCGCGUUUUUCAAUUCAAUGACUAUCUGCGUGCUUCUGUCAGGGGACGCAAACAAAGGCAGAAGCGAAGAGGCUGUUUGGGAGCAGGCAUUCAAUUUCUAUAAGGAUGCGACAGUGAGGCUCCAAAAUGAUUUGAAAGAGCUGAAUAAGGAACAAAAGAACUAG